AACUCUCACAAUACUCCUAAUCAGAAACAAAUACUAAGCACCAUGUCUGGAAGCAACGUUGUCCACGUCAAGGGCAUUGCCCCUACAACCACUGAGAAGGAAGUUCGCGACUUCUUCAGCUUCUGUGGUAAAAUCUCCAACUUGAGUCUUACGGCCGAGUCUGGAGAGCCCAAUGCUCCCAAGUCUGCAACUGUAACCUUUGAGAAAGAGACAGCCGCUAAAACUGCCCUCCUUCUUGAUAACACUCAACUCGGCCCCUCUGCCGUUCACGUGGAAGCCGCCCAUACCAUCGACGAAAUCGCCGGCAGCCACGCGGCCAGCGCUCAAGAAGCCAAGGACGAGAACCAACACGACAUCGAACAAGAAGACAAACCCCGCUCUCGCAUUGUCGCCGAAUACCUCGCUCACGGCUACACCAUCAGCGACCAAGCGAUCCAAAAGGCAAUCGCACUGGACCAGAAACACGGCUUCUCCAACCGAUUCACAGCUGCUCUAGCUGCGUUUGAUAACAAGACCAAGGCCACUGAUCGCGCCAAGGAGCUUGACACAAAGUAUAAGAUCACAGACCAGGCUACUAGCCACUGGCGCGGACUGACUUCGUACUUUGAGAAGGCCCUUGAUACCCCCACGGGCCAUAAAGUGCGGGAUUUCUAUGUUCAGACCGACAAGCAGGUCCGUGAUAUUCACAACGAGGCUCGCCGUUUGGCCGAUCUGAAGAGCGGAAAGACUCCUGCAGAAGAGAAGCCUGCUGCUUCCUCUGAAGGUGCCACUGCUCCAACUUCGGAUAUUGCUCCCAGUGCUACCAACACUAGCAUUCCUGCAACUGAACACAAGCCCGUUUGAUUUGUUUUCAAUCAAGGAAUAUCUGAUGAGUGACGGAUUACUUUUUCUAUGAGCUGCAAGCCUGUUUCAUGUCUUAUUCUUAGUAAAUAGUUAGUUAGUUACAAUCAAUCAAUCGACCUUCCAAGUAUC